AUGAAAAAAUCUAAAGAUAUUUCAUUUAAAAUUUUAACAAGUGGAGGAGACAUUUUUGAAGAAGUUUAUUUGGGUUUCGACAGUUCUCCAGAAGGCUUAGAACAAUAUAUAAAUGUACAAAUGAUCUAUGAUUAUAUUGUUGAAUAUAUAGCUACAGCUGAAGAUUGUUCAAAAAUGGUGUCUGGCAUUACUUUACACUAUAAUUUAAGUUUUCCAUGUCCUAAAAUAAGCGAGAGAGCAACAAAUACUAAAAUUAAACAAUUUGUGAAUUCAACAACUACAACAUAUGAAAUUGUCAAUAUUCACAAUCCAAAAGUGAAAUUCUCCUUUUGCCAUGAAUUCUUUUAUGUUGACAUCAAAAAAUGA